AUGGCAUUUCAAAUUGGUCGAGUUGGCGUCGCAUUUCUGUCCCCAGACGUUGAGACAAGAAUAUGUCCAUAUCGCCCACCGGUGUGGUUUAUCUUGGCAGGGAUAUUCGGUACUGUCCUCGGAUUGAUCGGCUCCGAGAUGCGUGGAUGGUGCUACAGGACACUUGGAGAAUACUUCACGUUCCGAUUAGCCGUGCAAGAGAAACAACCGUUGAUCAGAACAGGUCCGUACCGAUACCUCAGGCAUCCGGCCUAUUUUGCAGCCUGCAUACAGUAUGUCAGCAUGUAUUUCACCCUCAUUCUUUGCAACCCGAUCUCUAUGUGCUGGGGCCGCGAUUUGGUCUCCUACACUCGCCAGUUGGAAGCUGGACUCAUGCUCCUAUUUUUCUUCGCCCCACUGAUGGCGUUUGUCAAGCGGGUGAACGCAGAAGAGAAGAUGAUGAAGGCGAAGUAUGGAAAGGAGUAUACCGAGUGGGAAAGAAAGACUUGGCGGUUGAUUCCGUUCAUUUACUGA